UGGGGUUGGAGUGGGUUGAGGAGGGGGAUGUAGGGGGUGAAUAAGAAAGAGAUGGAAGGGGUUGAGGGAUGUUGUUUUCUUUUUUUUUUGUUAGGGAUUUUGUUGUGAGCUGAGACACGAGGUGGUGUUUCAAUCAUAAUAAUAAAAAUACUAUGGCAUGCGCGGGACAUUUCAAAAUUUGAUACAAAUUGUACCAAUUUCAAAAUGGCCGUCCUCUAAGAAUUUUUAUAUCAAAAACUUUAUAUAGCGAUAUCUCGGUGUGUUGUUGCUUAAGUGAAAGAGAGAGAGAAGGAGUGAGAGAAAAAGAGAGAUUGGGGUAUGGGUGGAUGGGUGUAUAUGUGAGUGUGUGUAUGUGAAGGAGGAACGAUUUGAGAGAGGGAGAGAAUGAGAGAGAGAGAGAUUUGACAGAAUCGGAUGUAUACCUCGUGGUUGAAUCGUGUACUAAUCGUAUCGUAUACAAUUCUUGAGCUCAAUUCGUUGGUAUUUUUCUCAUUCGGUCACCGACCGCUGUUUGAGAAAGUGCUCAAUUCUGUGUUGGUAGCGUUGUUCUUUGAAAAACAAAAAUCUCAAGAGAUUGUUUGUUGUGUCUUGGUCAGGAAAAAGUUUUGAGAACGCGGGAUCAGAUAGUCUGGCAGUAUCCGAAAAGUGUUUGUUUGUUUUUUGGGGAUGCAAAUUAUCUUAGAGCUUUGGCUAUUGAAGCGACAUCUAGGAUUUUUGGAGAACUAUUCUAGUUGUAAACAAAUUGGAUUCAAUUGCAAAUUGAUGGAAAGAGAAAGACUGUGAAUGCAAGAGUUAAAGUGACAGUAAUUGUAACAUAUAAGAACAUAGUGAUAGAAGGAAUAUCUAUGCAAAUAAAUUUGAUUCCCAUGUGAAAUCUCCUUCUUAUCCUCCGGUUUUUUUUCUUCUGGUUCAAUCAUCAAAGUGAAGUGUUUGUGUUUGAUGUUAAACUUUGAUGAUAGAAAAACAGAAUUACUCGUGUGAGAGGAGUUCUUCGUGCUGAGAGACAGAAAACAUCUAUUUUUUUUUUCAAUUUUUACCAAUUGAAACAAGAAGAUUAAAUUAAAUUGAAUCUAUCCGUGGAUGAUGGUGAAAAAAAGUUGUUCAAUGACCUAAACAUCAAUUCAAUAAAUUACAAAAGUAUAAGUUAAUAAGAGAUUUAACAAAAACAACAACAAAAAAGUUUAAAAAGAAACGAUUGACUCUGUGAAAUUGAUUAAAAUCGUGAAGUUCGGUAACUGUAAUUCGAAGAUAUUCAAUUUUGAACUAUUCAACGUUUUUUUCUUUUUGAUUGUGAACUCUGUGCUCUCUUUUAUUGCACUAUUGAGAUUAAUUUCUCAAUUGACUCUCAAGGUGUCCUCACAAAAAAAUCUUUUAAAAGAAAAAAAAAAGUUGAAUAAUUGCCCAAGGAAAGGUAGAGAAGAAAGACAACAACAAAAAACAAUUUUAAUUAUAUUAAAUUGAUUUGUGCUCGAGAUUAGUUUCUUAUUUCACGUGGUAGUGAUCCUCAACAUUAAAAAAAAAUAAUUGUGAGCAAUUUUUUAUCUGGUGUAUUAAGACGUCUUUUGAGGUGUGUUAGAUUGUUUUUUUUUUAUUAAAUAAAUUUUUUUAAAAGCAAAAUAAGCUUGACUUGUAAUCAAGAAGUGAAAAAUAUUGCAUACCUCGUGUGAGAGUUCCGUUGGAGUUUUUUUUUUGUUUUUUUGGAAUAUUUAUUUCCAAAAGAAAAAAAAUAAAUAAAUAGAAAAGUAAUAAAGUGCGCGAAUUAUUUGAAAGUUGCCAAUUGGCGAGGAAAAGAAUGUGUUUGUGCAGCAAUUGAAAUAGAGAGAAAAAGAUAUAUCUCCAUACCUUUCGAAGAAAAAUUUUUCUGUAUUUUACAAAAGAGAUUUAAAUAUGCGAAGUGAUGCAUCAACUGGCACUUUCAAUGUUGUCUAAGAAAAGUUUUUCAAAAAAUAUAUCUUUCGUGUAUGAAAGUUAAAAAUUUUCAAUUGAAGUGGAUUUAGAAAGAAGAAAAACGUUUUGUGCAACUGAAAAGCCCCUGAAGAGACAUCUUCAGCAACAAAUACAACACUGAGAGAAAUUUCUUAGUAAUGGAAGCUUACAAUACAGGAUCCGAUUUGAACGUUAACAGGAUGUUCGAUCAAUAUUUAUACAAGAGAAACGACGAGAGUAUCGACGUUGCUCUAUCCGUGCCACAAUACAACGGUCAUCAUCAGCACAGUACGCAGCAUUUCGACAUGAAUGACCAGACAUUUCACACGCCAUCCUUUGGUGAUGAGGAUUUUGACAUUCCCACUAUGAAUCCUCACAUGUCGCAACAGCAGCAUCCGCCACAAACGCAGCAGCAUCAAUAUCAGAUGCAUUCAACACCACCCCAUCACAUGGGCAUCAUUGGGGAUCACUACAGUCAUCAGUGGCACUCGGAGCAGCAGCCCCAGCAGCACAUGGGACAUCACAACACGAGUUACUCAAUGCAGCCACAGGGUCAGCCAAAUUAUCCGCUCACGAGUCCCACGCACCAUCAGACACCCCAGCCACAGCAUCAGAUGCUCAUGAUGCAGCCGCCACAGCAGUCGCCCCAAAUGGCGCCCCAGAUGUCCCCGCAAAUUGGGGGCACGGGAGGGGGAUUUAUUGGAAGGUCGCCGCCGCAGGGAGUCCAUGGGCAGACAGAGACGGGUACCACGAGUGAUGAUAGCGAUGACAAUGGAAUUCCAAUAAAUUCACUAAAACGACCAUCACCAGAGCCAUUAAUGAGUGAUUCGGCCAAUUCACCCAACGGCGGAGGAAAUUUGCAGGGUAUGAAGGGUGCAAAUACAUCGGCUGCCAGUAAGAAGCCCAAAGUACAGAAGAAGAAAAAGAAGAGAGAUCCAAAUGAACCACAAAAACCAGUGUCAGCUUAUGCACUAUUUUUCCGUGAUACUCAAGCUGCCAUCAAGGGCCAAAAUCCCAAUGCAUCGUUUGGUGAAGUGUCCAAAAUUGUAGCAUCCAUGUGGGAUGUUUUGGCAACGGAACACAAAAAUGUUUACAAGAAGAAAACCGAGGCCGCUAAGAAGGAGUAUCUAAAGGCUCUUGCUGCAUACCGAGCAAGCUUAGUGUCAAAGGGAAGUGACUCAGAGCAGGGUCAGUAUCCGUCGCCACCUCAUCAGCAACCCCAGCAGCAGGGACAAGGAGGUGGUGUGGUGACUCAGCAAUCGCCGCAGCAUCAGCAGCAGGGUGGAGCCCUCAUGGGUGCUGGACCACCGUCCAUGGCGCCCCAAACGAGUCCACAUUUGCCUCGUCCGCAGCAGCCACAGCCGCCGCCGCAGCAGCAGCCUCAGCCACAGCAGCCACCGCCGUCGAAUCAGGCACCAUCCCCACACUAUCCACCCUACUCGUCGCCCUACAAGUCGCCGCCCCAGCAUCAACAGGUCAUGAUGCAGCAGAGUUUGCAAAUGCAACACCACAAUCCACAUCUGCCGCAUCAGCAGCAGCAAUCGAUGAUGAAUCAAAUGAAUUCGAUGGGUUCGAUGAUGGGACAAAUGAAUCCACCGCCGCAUCAGCAGCAGCCACAGCAGCAGGCAACCCAUGUGAAUCCCAUGAAUCACCCCGCCAUGAAUGGGGCGAUGAUGGGAAUGGGUGGCAUGCCCCAGUACAUGAAUCAACAGAUGCAUCCGGCGCAGCAGGCACCACAUGGACAUCAAAUGGUGGGACCUCCAGGAGGCGGAGGUGGUGGUCAAAUUAGUCCACAUACAAUGUCACCAGUUUCCGGGACUCCUCCGUCAAAUGAACACCAUCCAAAUCAGUGCAUCCGACACGGAUGUACCAAUCAGGCUAUUGUUAAUCAAGACUGGGAGGAUGAAUAUUGCAGCAAUGAAUGUGUCAUAACACAUUGCAGAGAUGUGUUCGGAAAUUGGGUUCAAACCAAUUCACAGCAGCCACAAACUUAUUCUGCCGUCAAAUAAAUCUACAAGACAAGUCUAUCAAAUUAGUUUUUUGGCUGGAAAUAAGUAAAAAAAAAAUAAAUAGAUGCAUAAUUAAUUGUUCUUUCAAAUUUAAGAGAGAGAAUUAAAAAACGAUCUUUUCGUUUUUAAAUUUUAUUAUCAUUAUUAAUUAAAAAAAUAUGAAAGAAAAUUCCUUUUUACCUUUAAAAUAAUUUAGUUUUUUUUUCAAAGUUACUUCUCACGUGUUGAAUUUCUUAAUUUUUUAAGUAAAUUAUCCUUUGAAGGAUUUUUAAAAUUUGUUUUAAUUCUAUUUUUUGAGUUUUUUCGAUUCAAGAUGAGAAGUACAAACUUCAUUUACUAUUAUUUCUCAAUUUUAAAAUAUUCCUUAGAUUUUUUUUAUUAAGAAUUUAUCAUUAACUAUUUCUUAAUUGUUUUUCUUCGUAUUCCUUCAACCAUUACUGGGAUUUUUUUUUUAAAAAACAGAUAAUUUAUCUUGCAUUUCGCAUUGAAAAGAAAAUCCAAAAAAAAAAACAUUUAAAAUAAAAUCUCGAAAUCAAUCAAAUUUCACUGUAGAACUUACAAGAAGGAAAAAAAUAUUCUCUAUAUAUAGGUAUUUUGUAAAUAGAAGAAAAGUGAUUGCCAUAGAAUUUCUUGAAAAAAAAAACAUAAAACAAAAAAAUUUAACAUGAGUUGAAGAUUAAAAAAAAUAAAAUAGGAAUAAAGAAAACUUGAAGGUAAAAGUGAAACAAGUUUACGCUACAUUUUGGUUCAAAAAAAAAGGAAAAAGAAAAACAAAAUUUGUAUAGAGAAAAAUGAAACUUAACAAUAAAUCUUAAUUUUAGUGAAAAUGAUAAAAAGUUAAUUUUUUUGAAUUAAUAAAAAUAAGAAUUAAAUGAUUAGUCUACAACUUCUUUCAUUAUUACAAUGGAAGUAAGGGAAGAGAAAAUGAAUAAAAAAAUAUUAAGCUCAAAAUUUUAAAUUAGAAAGAUAAAAGAGGUUUAGAAAGGAUGGAAUUUAUCUUUUUACAGCCUUUUGUUUUUCUUUCCUAUUUGGCAUGGAUUUAGUACUGAAGGUGAUUAAUAAGCCACGCUCAUAAAUUAGCAUGGACAUGCCUUAUUCAUUUUUUAAAUGCUUAUAUGAUAGCGGGAUAGUAAUUCAUCCCAAGAGCUUUCUAUUGUGAGGCAAUUCAAGAAACUUCUAAUAAAAUAAGCCACAUCUCUUUAGGAAAACGUCUUUCAGUAACGAAUUCGUUCAGUAAAAAAUAAGCACCGCCCAUUUGAAGAAAAUGCUUCAAUUUAAUAUUGC